AGCAGCCAUCCAGGAGGUUAUGAUGGACGCUCUGUUCCUCCGUAUCCGUUUCCUCAAGGUGCUUACCCUCCCCCCAUGGUUGGAGGUGUGCCUCCUCCUUGGCCUCCGAUGAUAGAUAACUCCAAACCUUGGGACUAUUAUUCCCGCCGAGAUGACAAAAGAGACAAGGACAGAGAAAGACCCAGAGAGAGGACACAUGAGCGGGAACGAGAGAGGGAGCACAGCCCUUCAGCUAUGAGCUACACCAGCGACGAGGAGCGGUAUCGGUACCGUGAUUAUCAAGAGCGUGGUUACGCAGAACGCCACCGUGACCGUGCAAGCCGGGAGAAAGAGGAAAGACACAGAGAGAGGCGGCACAGAGAGAAAGAAGAGGGGCGCCACAAAUCCUCACGCAG